GUCAGCAACAGACUUAAGGCACGUAAGCCAAUGUUAGGAAAGAUGACAAUAACUGGACUGAUCCUGAGUUUUCUGCUGCUGAGAAGAGUGUGUUGUUAUAUUGAUGGAUCAAGACUUCAUAGUUAUUGUAUAGAUAUGGACAUCAAACAUUCAUUUAGUUCUGAAGGUGGGAGCAGGCCAUAUACUAUUACUCCAUCCUCUGCCACCCUUGACAAAGACGAAGUUGUGGAAGUGGUCCUGAGCUCAACAGUUAAUAUAAGAGGAUUCAUGAUGGAUGGACGGAAUGAUAAUGAUCAAAGAGUUCCUGUGGGGUUUUUUGUUAGUUUAGGCCAACCAAACACCAACCGAUUGUUGAACUGCAGUGGCAGCCCAAACACCACCAUGGUUCAUAGAGAUAAUCAGAAAAAAAGAACCAUUUCUGGCCAGUGGAAAGCUCCCGAGAAAGGAACCUUCGUUUUCGAUGCUGCAGUUGUUGGGGAUGCUAACUGGUGGAACAGAAAUCCACCACCUACAACUCCAGCUACAACAGACAUGCCAAAGACGAGCAACCCGACAACUCAACCCAGUACAACUCCAGCUACAACAGACAUGCCAAAGACGAGCAACCCGACAACUCAACCCAGUACAACUCCAGGUACUGUAACAACAGAACUGACGACUCCCACGACUACUGACACUACAGCUGUUGAUACAACGAUCACCUCUAACCCCACAACGAGCAACCCGACAACUGGACCCAGUACAACUCCAGAUACCGUAACAACAGAACAGACGACUCCCACGACUACUGACUGUACAGCUGAUGACACAACGAUCAUCUCCAACACAUCUACAACAAACAUGACAAGAAACUUGAAAACUUCAGCUUCAAAUUUGCUCCUUGUUCUGAUGCCUACGAUAAGUAUAGGAUGUGCUGGUACCGUUAUAUAUUUUGCUAAAAAAAAAAACAACCUGAAAACUCAACCCAGUCCAACUCCAGAUACCGUAACAAUAAAACAGUUUGACACUACAGCUGUGCCCAAAAGGAUCCAGUCCAACAUAACUGGCAGAACCAUCCCGAUGAGCAACCUGACAACUCAACCCAGUACAACUCCAGACUGGAAUUCAUAUAAAAGAAGGAAAAGAGACUCACCACCAGAGAAUUUGAGUGACAGAAUCUACUGUUUGCUCCCAGUGAUCUGCCAUACCCUGAUCAAUAUCAUCUUGAUGGCUGAGCUUAUGUCAACAUUUUUCUUGGUUUGUAGCAGACCCCAAAACCCCACAACACAACCCUCAAUUUCAUCAACACCUGCAAAUGAUUCAACCACAUUCACAAAUGAUUUCCAACAGGUUGCUGCUGUAGCUUUGCUGCUGAUUUCACACUUCCUCCAUCUUGAGGGGGCACUUUUCCUGUUGGGUUACAAAAGGGAUUUAAUCAGUCACUUGGUAUACAAGAUGUUGUCACUUUUCUCCCUGUGUGCAGUCUUCAUUGCCUUUGUUUUCUUCCUUCUGUGUAGCCAUACCAUUGUAUCUGCUUUUACAGGUGUUGCGAUGAUUUUGAGUCUCAUUCAAACAAUCGUUGCAUUCACCCUUUGUGGUCCGAGCCAUGAACUGAGGGACAUCAUGAUGUGGGUCCUCAGGACUCUGGCCACCUUACAGGCAACUUUCACAGUUGUAGGCAUAUUUGUACUCCAGGCGUUUGAGUAUGGUGGUUGCACAUGUUUUCAGUAUAUGAUGACAGGCUCUACGGUGUGGACCUCGGUGUUCUGUGGGAUUUGUGUGGUGUUAACACGUAUUGACUGUAAUUCCAAUAGGAGAAGGAAAAGAGACGCACCACCAGCAGUGUGUUCCGCAGAGAAUUUGAGUGACAGAAUCUACUGUUUGCUCCCAGUGAUCUGCCAUACCCUGAACAAUAUCAUCUUGAUCGCUGGGUUUAUUUCAACAUUUUUCUUGGUUUGUAGCAGACCACAAAACCCCACAACACAACCCUCAAUUUCAUCAACACCUGCAAAUGAUUCAACCACAUUCAAGGAACCAUAUGAUUUACAACAGGUUGCUGCUGUAGCUUUGCUGCUGAUUUCACACUUCCUCCAUCUUGAGGGGGCACUUUUCCUGUUGGGUUACAAAAGGGAUUUAAUCAGUCACUUGGUAUACAAGGUGUUGUCACUUUUCUCCCUGUGUGCAGUCUUCAUUGCCUUUGUUUUCUUCCUUCUGUGUAGCCAUACCAUUGUAUCUGCUCUUACAGGUGUUGCGAUGAUUUUGAGUCUCAUUCAAACAAUCGUUGCAUUCACCCUUUGUGGUCCGAGCCAUGAACUGAGGGACAUCAUGAUGUGGGUCCUCAGGACUCUGGCCACCUUACAGGCAACUUUCACAGUUGUAGGCAUAUUUGUACUCCAGGCGUUUGAGUAUGGUGGUUGCACAUGUUUUCAGUAUAUGAUGACAGGCCCUACGAUGUGGACCUUGGUGUUUUGUGAGAUCUGGGUGGUGUUAAAACAUAUUGACAUGACUUCUCAAAAAAGAGUCCCAGCAACACCGAUUCGUGUUUCUCACAGAUUGUGGGUGACAGAAUCUACUGUUUGGCCCCAGUGACCAUGUCCUGAUCAGUGUCAUCUUAAUCGCUGUGCUCAUUUCAGCAUUUUGCCAUAGUUUUGGUUGAUUGUUUGAGUGAACAUUUUAUUAGACUAUCAGAGCUAUGUUCUGACCUAAAUCUUCUAAAUGAUCAGAGCUACCACAUUUCUGAUGAUCAAAACCACCACACAAGAGAACAAUCACUAAAAUAAAUAAGACAUUACAUUUCUA